GGGUGAAGAUGGAACUAAUUCUGGUCAUGUAUUAAAGGAUAAGAAGCGUGUUCAAAAGGUUCUUCCAAUUUUUCACCAAGUGGAAAAUGGGGUCCAGCUCUCUGUUGUUCAGGGAUACAUGUCAAGAUUUUACAGAACUUAUGGUGCAUGGGUUGUAAAACAUCCAGCUCUUGUGCUGUGCUCAUCAGUUGCAAUUGUUCUUGUAUUAUGCUUGGGUCUAGUUCAUUUCAAGGUUGAGACACGACCAGAAAAGUUAUGGGUAGGUCCAGGGAGUAAGGCUGCGGAAGAGAAACAAUUUUUUGAUAGUCACCUUGCCCCUUUCUACAGAAUUGAACAGCUUAUCCUGGCAACCAUACCUGAUACAAAGCAUGGCAAAGCACCCAGCAUUGUUACAGAGGAAAACAUCCUGUUACUAUUUGAAAUACAAAAGAAGGUUGAUGGACUUCGUGCAAAUUAUUCUGGCUUGACAGUAUCUCUGACUGACAUUUGCUUGAAGCCUCUUGGAGAUGAUUGUGCGACUCAGAGUGUUCUGCAGUAUUACAAGAUGAACCGUGAAAAUUUUGAUGAUUAUGGGGGAGUUGAACAUGCCCAGUAUUGUUUUCAGCAUUACACUUCUACGGAGACAUGUUUGAGCGCUUUUCAGGCCCCUGUUGAUCCAAGCACAGCCUUAGGAGGAUUUUCUAAGAAUAAUUUUUCUGAGGCUUCUGCAUUUGUUGUAACCUACCCAGUUAAUAAUGCAAUUGAUGAAUCAAGUGAUGAGAGUGGGAAGGCUGUAGCUUGGGAGAAGGCUUUCAUUCAAUUAGUGAAGGAGGGGCUCUUACCAAUUGUACAAUCCAGGAAUCUUACUCUUUCAUUUUCAUCUGAAAGCUCAAUUGAGGAAGAGCUGAAAAGGGAAAGCACAGCAGAUGUUAUUACAAUAGCAGCAAGCUAUCUGGUAAUGUUUGCUUAUAUAUCUGUGACAUUGGGAGAUUCAUGUCGGUUAUCUACAUUUUACAUCUCUUCAAAGGUGUUGCUUGGUCUUUCAGGCGUUAUGCUUGUCAUGCUUUCUGUCCUUGGAUCUGUUGGAUUUUUCAGUGCUAUUGGAGUUAAAUCUACCUUAAUCAUAAUGGAAGUCAUUCCUUUCCUGGUUCUUGCUGUAGGAGUGGAUAAUAUGUGCAUAUUGGUUCAUGCUGUAAAACGACAAUCAAUAGAUUUGCCUUUAGAGGAUCGAGUAAGUAAUGCACUGGUUGAAGUUGGUCCAUCCAUUACAUUAGCAAGUUUAUCGGAGGUUCUGGCAUUUGCUGUCGGAAGUUUCAUUCCUAUGCCAGCAUGUCGUGUCUUCUCCAUGUUUGCAGCUUUGGCUGUUCUGUUGGACUUCCUUCUGCAAGUUACUGCUUUUGUUGCCUUGAUAGUUUUUGACUGUUUGAGAGCUGAGGAUAACAGGAUUGAUUGCUUUCCAUGUGUAAAAAUUCCUUCGUCUUUUGGAGUGUCUGAAGAAGAUAUCAGGCAAAGAAGGGAUGGACUACUGGCUAGAUAUAUGAAGGAAGUUCAUGCACCCAUUCUUGGACUUUGGGGAGUUAAAAUAGUUGUAAUUGCCGUCUUUCUUGCCUUUGGUUUGACCAGUAUUGCCCUAUGCAAGAGGAUUGAAUCUGGUUUAGAGCAAAAGAUUGUUCUUCCUCGGGACUCUUAUCUUCAGGGGUAUUUCAACAAUGUCUCAGAAUAUCUCAGAAUUGGACCGCCAUUAUAUUUUGUUGUUAAGAAUUAUAAUUACAGCUUGGAGUCAAGACAAACAAACCAGUUAUGUUCCAUCAGCCAGUGUGAUUCUAACUCCCUUUUGAAUGAGAUAUCAAGGCAUCACUAGUUCCAGACUCAGCUACAUUGCUAAACCUGCCGCCUCAUGGCUUGACGAUUUCUUGUAUGGAUAUCACCGGAGGCAUUUGGUUGCUGUCGGAAAUUUACAAAUGGUAGCUAUUGUCCACUGAUGAUCAGCCACCCUGCUGUUCAUCUGAUGAAGGUCCUUGUGGCUACGGUGGAGUCUGCAAAGACUGUACAACAUGCUUCCGUCAUUCGGAUUUGGUUCAUGAUCGUCCAUCUACCAUUCAAUUUAGGCAGAAGCUUCCGUGGUUUCUUAACGCUCUGCCAUCUGCUGAUUGUGCGAAGGGUGGUCAUGGGGCUUAUACUAACAGUGUCGAUCUAAAUGGUUAUGAGAGUGGUGUUAUUCGAGCAUCAGAGUUUCGUACAUAUCAUACACCACUUAACAAACAAGGUGACUAUGUUGGUUCAAUGCGAGCUGCACGGGAGUUCAGCUCAAGAAUUUCGGAGUCUUUGAAGAUGGAUGUCUUUCCAUAUUCAGUCUUUUACAUAUUCUUUGAGCAGUACCUGGACAUCUGGAGGGUGGCUCUGAUCAACAUUGCUAUCGCACUUGGUUGGU